AUGAAUCAAAUUUUAAUGAUUUUAGGCCUUUGUCUACUACUAGGCCUUGUAUUUUUCAGUUUUCCCAAAGACCUUGGUAAUGCACCUUCACAAGAUACUUCGCGCCUUACAGGAUACAAAGCAUGGCACCCUAAAGUAAUCGGUUACAGUUACCAAAUGUCCGAUGCGAUGCUUUUUCUUAUUUUACUUACGACCGGCGCUGCUUCAUAUUUGUCCAUAAAAUGGACUGAAAAAUUUCCUCCUAACAAGAAAUAUAUUUCGUACUUUAUCAAAAAUGGUAACAAAGUGCCCACAAUAUUAUUCGACCGAAUGAUUGCAUAUUACGUUGCAAUAACUUUUAUUGCUUCGGUUGCUUAUGCGAUACUGGAUGUCGGUAAAUUAUGGUCUGCAGUUGGUGUUUUGCAUAAUGUAUUUGAAAUUGUGGUUAUGUUGUCAUUACAUUACGGUGGUAAACUCGAGUCACAUGCGGCAUUUAUUUGGAUGGGUAUUUACGUUUUUUUGGUUAUUUCCUUGAAUGUGUGGCUCGAAUGGCCACAGGAUGCAAGCUGGUUCAAAUUUCAAGGCCUUUGUCUCGAUUACUCAAUGAUCGUAGUAUUCGUACGGUUGUAUUUUACAACACUUAAAAAGCUUCGCGAAUACGAAUCUAUGGAAAUUCCUCUAAACAGAGAUGAUACAACGGAUCUCUCCCCUAACUUCUAUCCAAAUACUGUCCAUCAUCCUUCUCAACUUUGGUUAUUAAUUUUAGCGUCGAUCGUUCACCUUAUUGGUAACAUUGGUAAUUCUAUUUGGGUGGAUAGUGGUUUAGCGUAA